AACUGUCCUUUAAAAAACAAGCCUAUAUCCCGAGAAAAAAGAGAGAGAGGGAGAGAGAGAAAAAGAGAGGGAGACAGCAAUAAAAGAGCCCCGAGAGCCGGAGCCACAACGUGGGCUGGGUUAUUGUCAGCCGCUUCCAACAGACCACGGGAGGAGGGGGGUGGAGGGGGGGGGGUCCGGCACAUCACGUGACCCCGGGGUGCCAAUGUCCAGUCCUGAGGGUAUCAGGCCCUCGCAAAUUGCCACCCGCCACCCAGGGCUCGUACAGCGAUGCAGAAAGCGACCUACUACGACAACACAGCAGCACUGUUCGGAGGUUAUUCCUACCCUGGCAGCAAUGGCUUCGGUUACGACGGGCCCACCCAACCCCCCUUCCAAUCCGCCACUCAUUUGGAAGGAGACUACCAGCGUUCGGCCUGCUCACUCCAGGCUCUGGGCAACACGGCCCCUCAUGGCAAAAGCAAAGAGUUGAACGGCAGCUGUAUGAGGCCUGGCUUGGCGCCGGAGCACCACUCGGCCCCCCCUCCGGGUUCGCCCCCUCCCAAUGCCACCCCAAGCAGCACCAGUAGCAACAGCAAUAAUGCCAGUGGGCCCAGCAAAAACGCUCCCCCCAAAUGCGGCCCCGGCUCCAACUCCACCCUCAGCAAACAGAUUUUUCCCUGGAUGAAAGAGUCGAGGCAAAACUCCAAACUGAAAAACAGCUCCCCCAGCACAGAAAGCUGCGGCGGCGGCAGUGGCAGUGGUGGAAGCGGCGGAGGCGGAGGAGGUGGGGGUGGCGGGGGAGGCGGGGGAGGGGACAAGAGCCCGCCGGGAUCCUCUGCCUCCAAACGAGCCCGGACAGCCUACACCAGUGCUCAGCUGGUGGAGCUGGAGAAAGAGUUUCAUUUCAAUCGCUACCUGUGCCGGCCCCGCCGGGUGGAGAUGGCCAACUUACUCAACCUGAGCGAGCGCCAGAUCAAGAUUUGGUUCCAGAACCGGCGGAUGAAGUAUAAGAAGGACCAGAAGUCCAAGGGGUUGGGCUCGUCUUCCGGGGGCCCAUCUCCGGCCGGCAGCCCCCCUCAGCCCAUGCAAUCUACAGCGGGCUUCAUGAACGCCUUACAUACCAUGACCUCCAGCUAUGAGACCCCGUCCCCUCCUGCCUUCGGCAAACCCCACCAGAAUGCCUAUGCUUUGCCGUCGAACUACCAACCGCCACUCAAGGGCUGUGCCGCCCCGCAGAAGUACACGCCCAACCCCGCGCCUACCGAGUACGAAACCCAUGUCCUCCAAGGCAACGGGGGAGCCUACGGUACACCGAGCAUGCAAAGCAGCCCAGUGUACGUCGGGGGGGGCGGGUACGUGGAUCCACUGCCGCCCCCUGCCGGCCCCUCCCUGUAUGGCCUCAACCACCUGUCCCACCACGCGUCGGGGAACCUGGACUACAACGGGGCGCCCCCUAUGGCCCCCAGCCAGCACCACGGACCUUGCGACCCACACCCCACCUACACAGACCUUUCUUCUCACCAUGCGCCUCCUCAGGGUAGAAUCCAAGAAGCGCCCAAAUUGACACACCUGUGAUGGGAGAAGUGAGGGUGGUGGGAUGGAGGAGCACAAAGAGGAAAGAGGGUGUGGGAAAGAGCCAGCAAGACUGAGAUUGCCCAGAGGUGACGGAGAGGACAGGGGGGAGGAUUCCAGGGACAGGGAGUUUCUCUGUGAAUAAGGGUCAGGGGGUGAGGGAAGAGUAUUGCCUCACUCUCCCAGGUCCCCACAUCACAAAAUUUGCGUUCAAACUCUUACCUCCUUCUACCUGCCAAUUAAAUAACCGAAUCCAGACCAGGCUAGAGAUGUUGCCCCUCUCCAUCCCCGUUCCCUGCCCCCACUUUCCCUAGUAACUCCAAAGCUCCAAUACAACUUUUAGUUAGAAUGCCGUGGGGGUGGGGGUGGGGGUGGGGGUGGAGCAAGAGAAGCUCAGAAAAUUGGAGGUGAGGGUUGUGGAGAAGCACACUUUAAAAGCAGAGAAGAGGAUGACUUAGCAAAAGGCAACCAAACUACUUACCUCCCACCUUUUUGACCAUGCCAGAUAUCUUCUUAAUUCUCUCUCUUUUUAAAAAGAAAACAUUCACAAAUAUUUCAACCCCCAGGGCACAGAAUGGGCACUAACUCCUCCAUUCUCUUAGCACCUUCAAAAUCUGCAUCCUCCCUUUCAUGUGGGCCUUAUCUAAGACCACCCUCACUCCUCCCUUCCUCUCUUUUCCUCCCCCUUCACCCUAUUUGUUAGCCCUACAUCCUUUUCCAGGAUUUUAAGAUCUACAUACCUGGUGAUUUCCCCCAUUACAAUUUUCAGUGGCCUCAGGGAUGCUGAGAGAUCCUGAAAGUUAUAACUGCCUAUAUUAUAAAGAUAUAGCUAUAUUUUUUUCUUUGAAAAAUGGCUGAGGAGCAAAGGUAGGCCUGGGGCAGGCAAGUUGUCAGGUCUAAAUAUUCGUCUGUCCUCCCCUGCCCCCACUUUAUCACUCUCCAGUCCAAUUACCACAUCCUCCCUCCUCUCUUUAGGGCUCAUCACAAAAAGCAAUCCAGACACAAGAGGUUAGAAGCUUUUUCUUUAUUAUUAUUAUUUGCUUAUUCUCUUGACUUAACGUGAAAACAGGGUAUAUUUGAACAAACUGUAUGUCCCAGGGCCUGAGCUGAUGCCAGAGCCUUUGGUAUGUGCUGGCCUAAUGCUCCUAACUGGGAUACCAUUGUUGCACUUAGAGUUUACAUUUUAAUGGAUAUAAAAACAACUGUGAGAGACGCUUGGGCCAGCAGAAUCCAGGCGUUGCUCUAAAAGUGUGUGUUCUAGUGAACAUUUUCAUAUAUAUUUAUUGGUUAUAGGCUGUUAAAAUAUUUUCCUUUUUUGUAUUAUUUAUCCCCCUACCUAACAUUAUGUAUUUAUAUGAGGGACAAAAGAAAAUUGUACUUUUUUUCUUUUAGUAUUUACUUGUUAUAAAAGACGUUGUGUUUCCUGUCGUAAAACCUUUUUAUUUUAAUUAUUACUGUACCCUAGGAAAGAGCCGUAGAUUUUAUGUUACCCUCGUACUUACGAGCAAUUGUAAUUAGUUCUCUUAAAGGCAUGAACUCAGCUCCUAAUCGUCUCUGUAUAGUCCUGAAUUUGUAGACUUAGAGUUACUCCCUCUUGGAAAUCUUUGUUCUUAGGAGUUACUUUUUCCUUACUAAAAAGGG